GUUCUCUUCUCAACACGUGUUUGUUUGACACUCAAGAUAUUCGAUUUUUAAUAAACGCAACAGUUGUAUUUGGAAAAAUAAUCUAAUUUAUAUAUAUACUAGAUGUAAAGUAUAUAUUAAUCAUAAGCGAUAAUCACAGAUUUUUUCCAAACGCACUCGCAAUGUCUGCUGAUAAUAUUACUCUUCCAAAUAAAAAUUUUGCCAAACGAAAAUAUCAAAAUAAUAAAAAUCGCAAUAGGAGAUCCGAAUGGAAAGGUGGUUGCCAGAACAAUUCUGACCGAAGAGGCUUUAAACGCAAUUUUGAUCAAUCAUCAGAAGAAAAUGCAAAGAGGAACAAGUUAGACGUUGGCAUUAGACUGAAAGAAUGUGAUUUAGGAAUUACCGAGUACAUCAGCAAACAUCCUGGUUUUUCUGCAAUAAUUAAAGAGAGAUACACUGAUUUCCAUGUUAAUGAGAUAGAUCUCGAUGGACAAGUAGCUAAACUGACUCAUCAGAAUAUUCCAAGUGAUUCAAAUGAGAAUAUAAAUAUCGAAGAUCUGAAAACAAUGAUAUCAUCGGUGAUAUGGGAUCAACUGCAAGUUCUCAAGGAAAAUCCUUCAAGUACAAUACAAAUUGAUGUAACAAAUAUAGACAAAACUGAACGCAGAAUCAUUCAUACAAUUGCACAAAAUUUAGCAAAUGUUAUUAGCCAAACAACAGUCGAGGAUGAUAAGAAAUUUAUCACGAUUAUUCCUAAAAAUACUAAAACUGAUCACAAAGUACGCAAAGACAACAGGAUAAAUUGGAAAAACCGUGAUGGCGAUUAUUGUCACUUUCUAUUGCAUAAAGUGAAUAUGGAUACAAUCGAUGCUUUAAAUCAAUUGGCCAUAAAUCUGCGAAUACAGCCCAACAAUUUUACUUAUCCCGGUACAAAAGAUCGUCGAGCAUGGACGACUCAGUGGGUGAGUUUGAAAAGAGUAGAUGCACGUGACAUAUUGAGAGCGAGUAAAAGAACGCAUGGCGCAUAUGUAGGAAAUUUUAAAUACGCUAAAAACAGUUUAAAAUUGGGCAUGUUACGUGGCAAUCAGUUUAAAAUAGCAUUAAGAAAUGUUUGCGGGACAGACGAAGAGAUUGAGCAAGCGAUGACAUCAGUGCGCGAUAAUGGCUUCAUUAAUUAUUAUGGUUUACAAAGAUUUGGUACAGUAGCUUCUAUACCCACACACGAAAUUGGAAAACGUUUACUUCAGGGUAAAUGGCAUGAAGCAAUUGAAUUAAUUCUGAAACCGCGACCAGGAGAACAAGAUAAAGAAUUAGCAGAGGCUAGGCAGAUUUAUGCGGAAACCAAAGACGCCCAUACCGCUUAUGCUAAGAUCAAAAGAAUCGACAAGAUUGAAGCCCGACUUUUGAAAGGUCUACAAGUGUCGGGUGAAAAAAAUCCUUUAGGCGCACUUGAUUCCAUACCUCGAAAUAUUCGACUAAUGUACAUUCAUGCUUAUCAAAGCUUUGUUUGGAAUCAUAUUGUGUCAAGAAGAAUAAAACAAUUUGGGACAAAUGUAAUUGUAGGUGAUCUAGUUUAUGAUAAACAAAGCUGUCAAGAGAAUGUAACUGAUGAAAUUAUGAAUUAUCCUUUAAACGAUGGUGAUGUCAGAGAAACUGAUGUUAUCUCUUCUGAAGAAAUAAAUAUCGAUUCUGAAGCAAGUAAAACAAAUGAAGAAAGUUUGGAGCAAAAUAAUUUUUCAGUAGUAAAAAGUCUUAAAGAAGAAGAUUUACCAAAUUAUACUCUAGCUGAUGUGGUUAUGCCUCAACCUGGAUGGAAAGUUACAUAUCCAUCAUAUGCUAAAGCUUGGUAUGGCGAAUUUUUAGCAAAGGAUGAAUUAACUACUGAUCUUAAACAAAAUAAUAAAAAAUACAGUUUAAGUGGUGCCUAUAGAAAAAUAUUACAAAUUCCAAUGAAAUUGUCUUGGAAAAUUAUGUAUUAUAAAAAUAAACAUGAUAAUCUGAUUUUAUCUGAUAUUGACCAAAUGAGAAAGAUUGCAUCUCCACAAAAUGAUCCAGAUGGAAAAAACAAAGCAUUAAUCAUUGAAAUGUCUCUAGAGCCCAGUACUUAUGCCACUAUGGGCUUGCGUGAAAUUUUAAAAAAUGAUACUUCAGCAGAAACACAGGUUGCUUUAUCUGCUUCUUAUGAUGCAGAGAAUGUGCAGUCCAGUACAAGUACUGUAAGUGUAGUUGUAUAAAUAAAAUUGAAAAAAAUAUAAAAGGAGAAUUGAGUUCCAAAACGAACCUGUUCUAUAAAAAGGAAUAAAAUAAGGAAAAUUGGUGAUGUGAAAAAUAUAUU